UUUUUCAGGUGUCUCCCAGAUUCUGCAGGAUUACCUUAAAUUCAAUUUUAUUUUCCAAGUUUUUAUUUAUUCUAUCCCACCAUCACAAUCUUGCGCAAUCAAAGAAUUAAUGCUUUUUUCAAGUUGUAAAGGACCUUUAAUUGGUGAAAUUGAGAGUAAAUCUAUUGGAAUUGUUAUUGACAAAAAGAUUCAAGUAGACAGUCGAGAUAAAUUAGACAAAACAACUUUAUUAGAUUAUAUGACACCAGAAACUUGUGAAACAAUUUUGGAAAACAAUUCACCAGCAAACAAUGGCCAACAACAAUUUGAACGUCCUCCACGUCCGGGGGGCGGUCCUAGACGAAUUAUCAAAAAAAUGUAG